AUAUUCAUCAGAUUUGCUGACAUUAUACCGCUAUAUAAACUCAAUUCGUCUUCAUACGCAUCAUCAUCAUCGUCAUUAAAAACAAAAGUCAUUCUCUUUGUGUGACUAAGUGUGUGUAUUCGGUUUUCAAAUUGAGUUUUUUGACUGGAAAAUUGGAUGCCGAUCAACGUUGAGUCAGCGAGUGGGUGUAUCACCAAGGUUUCAAAGUAUUGUGAAUAUUUAUAAAUCGUGAAAUUUAUCAUCGUUUCAACCGCAGACACUGACCAAUCCCAAAGCCCGUAUUCAUUUUUAAAGAGUGCUCUCAUCGUAGUAAACCGUUUGUGAUAAAUUGUAAACACAUUUGUUUUCGAAAUUGUGAAGCGAAUUAAUUAGCCAGAGAGAUGAGCGUGUACGGAUUUCAAGAUAUAUUGAGUGGACCAUUUGCCCAAUAUUUGCAAUUGUCGGCAAAAAUUGGUGGUGAUGUGGCGCAACAAGCUGAAUUUGUGAACAAGGCCUUCAACGCCCAGUUGGCAUUCAUUCAAUUGGCAUCGACCUCCAGCCAACCGACACAAACUCAAUUGCCCAAUCUAUUGAAGCCAACAUCCGAUCAAAUUUCGGCAAUUCAGGAAUUCCGUGAGAAGCAUCGUACGUCACCGUUUUUCAAUCAUUUGUCUGCAAUCAGCGAGAGUGUUCCGGCAUUGGGUUGGGUAUGCGUAUCACCAACACCUGGACCUCAUGUCAAAGAGAUGAACGAUGCCGGUCAAUUUUAUACAAAUCGUGUGUUGAAGGAUUGGAAAGAGAAGGAUGCCACCCAUGUUGAAUGGGCCCGUUCAUGGGUGCAAACAUUGUCCGAAUUGCAGCAAUAUAUCAAACAACAUCACACAACCGGUUUGGUUUGGGCUGGAAAGACAGCACCACCAAGUGGUCCAGCCGCUCCACCACCACCACCGCCACCAGUAUUACCACCAGUUGGUGAUAUGUCAUUGAAUGCUGACGGUUCGGACGAUGGUCGCAGUGCAUUGUUUGCUCAAAUCAAUCGGGGUGAAGACAUUACAAAGGGAUUGAAACGUGUCACAGCUGAAAUGCAAACACAUAAAAAUCCUGGCCUACGUACCGGUCCAGCUCCAUUCAAGGCACCAACUGCAUCACCGGUAGCGCCAGGUGCAAAACCAGUUGAAACAGCUAAAGCGCCUGUCUUCAAUCGUGAUGGCAAAAAAUGGCUCAUUGAAUACCAGAAAAAUAAUCGUGAUCUGGUUGUUGACGGUGCUGAAAUGAAUAACGUUGUGUACGUGUUCAAGUGUGAAAAUUCAACAAUUAAUGUCAAAGGAAAGAUAAAUAGCAUCUUCUUGGAUUCAUGCAAAAAAUGUGCUGUAGUAUUUGAUACGGUUGUGUCAUCCAUUGAGUUUGUUAAUUGCCAAAGUGUGCAAAUGCAAGUAUUAGGUCAUGUGCCAACCAUUUCAAUUGAUAAAACCGAUGGCUGUCAAAUGUAUUUGUCCGAAAAAUCGAAGAACGUCGAAAUUAUAUCGUCCAAAUCAUCUGAAAUGAAUGUAUUGCUUCCCAAAGGAACGGCUGGAGAUUUCACCGAGCAUCCGAUUCCCGAACAAUUCAAGACCACCGUCAAUGGAAAUGGCGGCCUAAGCACCAUUUGUGUCGAAAGUCUUGGCUAAAUGCAGUUUGAUAAAACAUUUGGGCGCGUGCGGAUUUAAAAUGGACGAAGAAAUAUACUAGAGAUAUAUGUGUCACAAAAAGGCAAUAAGUUCAGCAUUUUUUUUUUUUUAAACAAACAAAUAACUCAAUAUCAAACAAUAUACGUAUUUUAUUCGAAACAGUUAGAAAAGCGAUUAUCGCCAAAUUAACUAACUGCCAAUUGAUAAAAACGAAACAAUAUAUUUCUACUUUCAUACGCAUAUUAAAUAACUAAAUAUAUUUAUUCAGUCCGUGCAGGAUGUUACUUCCCUUCAGUUUUCCUAUAAAAAAACGAAACAAACAAAUAUUUCGCGUUUAUGUUUGCAAGCAAAACAAAAAAAUUAUAUUUUUUCAAAGAGUUUGUUUUUCAUACAGUUUUCCUAUAAUAUUUAUUUUGUUUAAACAAUUAAUUGAAAGAAAGAGAGAAAAAAAAGCAAAUCAAAGAAAAAAAAAUCAAUAACUACUUUUAAGGUAUCAGAAGCAAAUAAAGUCUGUCGUUUGUGUGAUGUUGCUUUUUUUUCGCAUGCCAACCGCAUUUUUGUCCAUAAAUGGAUAGCAAAAAUUAUUGAUGUAAACAAAGCGGUCACCUAUGCUUUGAUUAGAAAAUGUAAUGAAAUUGGAUACGAAUCACGAACUAUCGACUAACCAAUUUUCGUUUCAUGAUUGUGUGUGAGUUUUUUUCUAUUUACAAUGAUUAUUUUUAACUUUAUGAAACAAACAAACAAACAAAAAACAUUUUCUUUUUCUUUUUUUGAUUGCGAAACGAAGAGAAUUAAUUCAGAAUGGCUUCAUUAGACUAGAAUUUUCUUCAGAGAUUAUGGUUGCAUAAUAAAAUUGAAUACAUUCUUAUUAAAAGA